CCCUUGCGGUGAAGGCGCGGGCGAGCUACUUGCUUCCCCCCUUUUUCCUCUAGCAAGGCAGGCAAGAUGGCCCCCCGUAUGACCUACCGCCGGCGCCACAGCUACCACACCAAGUCGAAUGCCGUCCGGAUUGUGAAGACGCCAGGCGGCAAGCUGGUGUACCAGUACAAGAAGAAGCAGGAGAAGCACCCCAAGUGCCCCGUCAGCGGUGCCCGCCUGCACGGCUUCGCUGCCACCCCGCACACUCAGCUGCACACCCUGCCCAAGCGCGCCAAGAAGGUGAACCGCAUCUACGGCGGGUGCCUGUCGCACAAGGUCGUGAAGGAGAGGAUCAUUCGGGCGUUCCUCAUUGAGGAGCAGAAGAUCGUGAAGAAGGUGCUGAAGCUGCAGAAGGCCCAGCAGGAGAAGCCCACCAAGUAAACGCGGUGGAAGUCACAACGCUGUGGGGUCAUGCUGUAACGCCUAUUCGUGUUUGAGUGACCUGCCCCCCGUUUCGUCCCAUGUUCCUUUCCGGAGUAGACUGGCGCGGAUGCGGAGGCGCGGCAUGAUGCAGUCUCUGGGGCGGGUAGCAUGUGCAAUCAAGCGCGCGCGAGAUGCACACAGUGUUAUCUAUUGUCAACUGCUAACCGAUUGGUCCGGGGCGUACGCAUGAGACAGAACACUGCACAAACUGCUGCGCCAUGUUGAGGCUGAGAUGACACUUAGGACAACCGCUUCCGUUACUCAUCCGCGU